GGAAACGCCAAGCAGACGCUUCACGUUUAUACAUCCGCUAAAAUAUCUGUAUCAUUGUUCUAUCUGUGAUUGUACUGCAUGUCUGUGUCCGUCGUCAAAGACCAGUCGUCACUAGUUAAAACAGCUACAAUAAUUAAACCCCGCCCAUUUCUACAAUUUAUUUUGUUAUUAAAAUCGGAUUUAAAACCCAACCACAAUACUAACCGUAUACCUUACCCUAGCCUUAAAUUAAGACCAAAAAACUAAAAUGUUGUAGACAAUUUUGACUCUGUGGCAUCUGACUUUGUGGUUGUGUUACCUAGUGUGGAAACCAGCUACGUAACAUCUUUAAAUCAUCUCACUUGUUUUAGUGGAUUGAUUGAUAUUAGCUCGAUCGUAGGCUAAAUCUACCGAAAUGGGGAAGAGGGACAAUAGAGUGUCUUAUGUGAACCCAAUAGCUGCAUCACGUGCCAAUGGACCCGCACCCAAUGCAGGACCCUCUAUCCAGGAUUACCUGAGCAGACCACGGCCAACAUGGGAAGAGGUGAAGGAGAUCAUAGACAGGAAGAAGAAAGGCUCCAGAGCCCUGGCGGACUUUGAGGACCAAAUGAACGAGAAUUGGAAGAAGGAGCUGACGAAGAACAGAGAGAAGUUACUGGGUGGCGUUGACAAAGACAAGGAGAAAGAGGAGAAGAAAGAGAAAAAGAAGAGAGAGAAAGGAAGGAAAGAAAAAGGAAAGAAAUCCAACAGGCAUUCCUCUCCUUCAUCCUCCUCAUCAAGUUCUGAUUCCUCUAGCAGCUCUUCCUCAGACUCUGAAGACGAGAAUGAAAAGAGCGCCAAAAGGAAAAAGAAGCGGUCCUCCAAGAAAGCAUCGGAUGUCUCUACUGUAGAAUUGGAGCCCGGCGGCAAGGGUGAGAAGAGCCGCCGGAAGAAGAGGAAAGCUGAGCGUAGCCGUAAAGACUCCUCCUCAGAGUUGUCCGCUGACUCCGACAUGGAGGUUGUUGAACCCAAGAAGAGGAAGAGAAGUAGUGAAGAGAAGGAGAAAGACAAAAUGACAGCAGUAGGACAAAUCAAAGAAGAAGAGGAAAAAGAAGCACAAGAAACACAAAGGAAGAAGAAAAAAACAUCUGACGCAGAGUUAGACUAGCGGUGUGGCUCUGUCCACUAGUAGAGAGCUUCUGCCUUCCAACUACCAACAACUCCCACCUGGGCUGCCCCCAUGACUGGGGUAGUUGGUGCACUAUGGGAACUGCUGGCUUGAGAGUAUUAAACUAAUACCGCGUUCAAAACAACUGGGAACCUGGGGGGGGGGAAACAAGCUCGUUUUGAACUGUCAUCCAACUCGGAAUUCCAAGUCGGAAACUCGGGCAUCUUUCGAGAACUGACUUUCCGACCUGAAGAUCACGGACGUUAUGAUUUGGCCUCGUUUAUUUUCCGAGUUCCCAGUUGUCUUGAAAGCAACAUAAGGACUGGUGAACUAGAAUCAAACCCUCUGUGAAAACUUAUUUUUGUUAGCAGAGUUUUUAUCCAAUCUAAAUAAACGUCAAUAAGGAAACCACAAGUCGUCAAGUGUGGCCCAACUGAACUGAAAAAUGUGCCUAUGAAAAUGUACUUCCAUUUUGUACACCCUUGGUGUGCUGGCCUUCUAUGUAUAAUUUUUACUUGACAAUCUCAUCUUUCUAAAACUGCAUCGCUAGUUACACAAUGAGGUAAUUUUGGGACUUUUAUGCCUGUGCCAUGAUGCGUGUAAUCUGAUAUGAUGAACACUUCUCUUGCCAUCCUCAUAAAUUGGGAUUCUAAAAAUACAAGUCAAAUGGUCAUAAUCACAAGGGACAAUCUGUUAAAUGUAAAGAGUUAUACAACUAUGAAUGAUAUCAAUAAAUUAAUCUGGUUUCAUUAUUAAAGUUAAUGUUUUAGCCAUAA